GGGCCCUGCGCAUGCGCACUGUCGGCCGUGGCGCGACUUGCGACCAUGGCAGUGGCGCUGGGCUCGCGAAGCGCCUUGCGGCUGCGGCUGCUUCUGUCACAGCUGAAGCCUGGGAUCCGUGUUUCCCGGGCCGGGCCCGCAGCCGCGUUCGGUUUGUGGACGUGCCCUCAACAGGGCCCUCAGCGCUGGAGCAGUAAAGGGGAUGGGGACCUUCCGCGUCACUGCCGCGAGCCAUGGCAAUGCCGGCCGUUCAGCACCGCAGUGACGUCUGCCAAAGUGGCUGUGAACGGCGUGCACCUGCAUUACCAGCGGACCGGCGAGGGCGAGCACGCGGUCCUGCUGCUUCCGGGGAUGCUGGGAAGUGGCGAGACUGAUUUCGGACCCCAGCUUAAGAACCUAAGUAAGAAGCUGUUCACGGUGGUAGCCUGGGACCCUCGGGGAUACGGACAUUCCAGGCCCCCGGAUCGUGACUUCCCAGUGGACUUUUUUGAGAGGGAUGCCAGAGAUGCCAUUGAUCUGAUGAAGGCGCUGCAGUUUAAGAAGGUGUCUCUGCUGGGCUGGAGUGACGGCGGCAUAACCGCACUCAUUGCCGCCGCCAAGUAUCCGUCCUACGUCCGCAAGAUGGUGAUCUGGGGAGCCAACGCCUACGUCACUGAUGAAGACGUCAGGAUUUAUCAGGGCAUCCGAGAUGUCUCUAAGUGGAGUGAGAAGGCAAGAAAGCCCCUGGAAGCCCUGUACGGCUAUGACUACUUUGCCAAAACCUGUGAACAGUGGGUGGACGGCAUACAGCAGUUUAAACGCCUCCCAGAUGGUAACAUCUGUCAGCACUUGCUGCCCCUGGUUCAGUGCCCCACCUUAAUCGUGCACGGCGAGAAGGAUCCUCUGGUCCCACGGUUUCACGCCGACUUCCUCCAUGAGCAUGUGAAAGGGUCACGGUUACAUCUGAUGCCAGAAGGCAAACACAACCUGCAUUUACGUUUUGCAAACGAAUUCAACAAGUUAGUAGAAGACUUCCUCCAGUGACACAGCCGAGUCUCCAUGGUUCUCGGUGGGCGUGGCCUUCCAUCACACUGUUGCCUCUAACUGGGAUGUCACAGCUCCCCCCUCCUCUCCCCCACACAAUCUGACCCCAAUCAAACUGAAACAAUGGUACAGAGAUGACCUCUAGAUUUCACAGCUGCAAAAAAUGAAAUUUUAACAUUAAAUUGUAAAUUUCUAAUGUUGUCUUAAAAAACAAA